CGAGCAGCGGAGGCGCCGCGCCGCGGCGGGAGUCCGAGGCAAGGGAGCCGAGCGCGGGCAGCGGGGGCAGCCGGGGCGCGCGCCGAUCCCGGGGCCGGUGCCGCGACGAGGAGAUGUGCCCGGAGGAGGGCGGCGCGGCCGGGCUGGGCGAGCUCCGUUCCUGGUGGGAAGUCCCGGCCAUCGCACACUUCUGUUCGCUCUUUCGCACUGCGUUCCGCCUGCCCGACUUUGAGAUCGAGGAGUUAGAGGCAGCCCUUCACAGAGAUGACGUGGAGUUUAUCAGUGACCUGAUUGCCUGUCUGCUUCAGGGCUGCUAUCAACGCAGGGAUAUCACGCCUCAGACAUUCCACAGCUACCUGGAGGACAUCAUCAACUACCGAUGGGAGCUCGAAGAAGGGAAACCCAAUCCUCUGAGAGAAGCCAGUUUCCAGGACUUGCCUCUUCGCACCCGUGUGGAGAUCCUGCACCGGCUCUGUGAUUAUCGGCUAGAUGCAGAUGAUGUCUUUGACCUCCUCAAGGGCCUGGAUGCAGACAGUCUCCGUGUGGAACCUCUGGGGGAAGACAAUUCUGGGGCCCUCUACUGGUAUUUUUAUGGAACACGAAUGUACAAAGAGGACCCAGUACAAGGGAAGUCCAAUGGCGAACUCUCCUUGAGCAGGGAAAGUGAAGGACAAAAAAAUGUCUCAAGUGUUCCUGGAAAAACAGGAAAAAGAAGAGGAAGGCCCCCCAAACGCAAGAAACUACAGGAGGAGAUUAUUGCAAGUGAAAAGCAGGAAGAAAACUCCUUGGUGUCUGAGUCACAGACCAGAAAUGGAUCUCAAGGACCAGGCCAAGGCACUUGGUGGCUCCUGUGCCAAACAGAAGAGGAGUGGAGACAGGUCACUGAGAGUUUUCGAGAGAGGACCUCCCUUCGAGAGCGGCAGCUCUAUAAGCUUCUCAGUGAGGACUUCCUGCCUGAGAUCUGCAACAUGAUCGCCCAGAAGGGAAAACGUUCACUGCGCACAAAGGCAGAGUUGCAACCUAGGUGGAUUUCUGACCACCUGUCCAUCAAAGCCAUGAAGCAAGAGGAGACUCCUGUGCUCACCAGAAUUGAAAAACAGAAGCGCAAGGAGGAAGAGGAAGAACGGCAGAUUCUCCUUGCAGUGCAGAAAAAGGAACAGGAGCAGAUGUUGAAAGAGGAAAGGAAGCGGGAAUUGGAGGAGAAGGUCAAGGCAGUGGAAGAUCGAGCCAAGAGGAGAAAACUCAGGGAAGAAAGGGCAUGGCUGCUGGCUCAAGGCAAGGAGCUACCCCCAGAACUUUCCCAUCUGGACCCUAAUUCUCCCAUGAGGGAAGGAAAAAAGACAAAGGAUCUCUUUGAGUUGGAUGAUGACUUCACUGCCAUGUAUAAAGUUCUAGAUGUGGUAAAGGCUCACAAGGAUUCCUGGCCAUUUUUGGAACCCGUGGAUGAAUCUUAUGCUCCUAAUUAUUAUCAGAUUAUAAAGAUCCCCAUGGAUAUUUCAAGCAUGGAGAAGAAAUUGAAUGGAGGUUUAUACUGUACCAAGGAUGAAUUUGUAAAUGACAUGAAGACAAUGUUCAGGAAUUGUCGAAAAUAUAAUGGGGAGAAUAGUGAGUAUACCAAGAUGUCUGAUAAUUUAGAGAGAUGUUUCCAUCGGGCAAUGAUGAAACAUUUUCCUGGAGAAGAUGGAGACACGGAUGAAGAAUUUUGGAUCCGAGAGGAUGAAAAGCGGGAGAAGAGACGGAGUCGGUCUGGUCGUAAUAGUGGAAGCCAUAUUUGGACCCGCUCUAGGGACUCUGAAGGGCCCAGCAGGAAGCAGCAGCCCAUGGAAAAUGGAGGAAAAUCAUUGCCCCCUGCACGCCGAGCUUCUUCUUCAGGGGAUGAUCAGAGCAGCAGUUCUACUCAGCCCCCUCGAGAAGUGGGCACUUCAAAUGGCCGAGGUUUUUCCCGCCCUGUGCACUGUGGUGGAAUGCCCAGCCAAGCACCUCUUUUAAACCAAAUGAGGCCAGCAGUACCAGGAGCAUUUGGCCCUCUUCAAGGAUCAGAGCCCAACACCUUCUAUGGUCCCUCUCGAGUCCCAGAAGCACACCCAGGAGAGCCCAUGCAGCAGCAUCAGGCUUUUUCCAUGCAGCCUCCAGUUGGAAUUAGUAACCACCGAGGACCCCAGCUUGGCACUCCAGAAGAUAAGCAGAUGUGUGGGGGGCUAACACACCUUUCUAACAUGGGAUCACAUCCCGCCUCCUUGCAGCUUGGACAGAUGAGUGGCCCUGGUCAGGAUGGAAACAUGUAUCCCCCAGCUUCAUUCCAGCCAGGAUUUAUUCCUCCCAGGCAUGGUGGGGCUCCAACCCGACCAGCAGACUUUGCUGAGAGUUCAGAAAUUCCUCCCAGUCACAUGUAUCGAUCCUACAAGUACCUGAAUCGUGUACACUCUACCGUCUGGAAUGGGAACCAUGGUACUACAAAUCCAGGACCUUUGGGGCCAGAUGAGAAGCCCCACCUCGGGCCAGGACCCGCUCACCAGCCUCACGCUCUUGGUCACAUGAUGGAUUCCCGAGUAAUGAGACCAUCUAUACCCCAAAACCAGUGGACUAAGCAAUCAAGCUUUCUACCUCAUGGUGUUCCUUCUUCAGGAUAUAUGCGACCACCUUGUAAGUCCACUGGUCAUAGGUUGCAGCCACCUCCAACCCCAGCACCAAGUUCUCUAUUUGGAGGGCCCUCCCAGACCCUGCGUGGGAUGCAAGGAGGGGACUCUAUGAUGGACAGCCCUGAGAUGAUCGCCAUGCAGCAGCUGUCCUCCCGUGUCUGCCCACCAGGUGUGCCUUACAACCCCUGUCAACCCACUCCCUCCCAAGUACCUGGCCCUUUUCCACAGGUAGCUCAUUCAGCAUCAGUAAGCUUGUCAGCCCCCAAACCUGCCUUGGGCAACCCUGGGAGGAUACAGGAUAACAAUGAAACACAAAAGCCUGAGAAUGACCAAGGAGAAGCUUUGCCUGGACUUGAAGAGAAACCAGCAAGCGUUGGUGCUUCAGAGGGGGUAUACCUUAAACAGCUACCUCAACCUACACCUCCCCUGCAGGCCGACUGCACCAGGCAGAGCUCACCAAGAGAAAGGGAAACAGAGGCCACAGAGCUCAAAAAUGACACAUUGGAAUCUGCAGACAACUGUAAAACAGCAAAGGGCAAGAAUACCUGGACCUCAGACAGCAGCUAUACCAGCCCAGCUGCCCAAGGCUGUAUGAGAGACCUCUCCACAAUGGCCGACAGAGGCGUUCUUCCUGAAAAUGGAGUCAUUGGUGAAGCAUCUCCUUGUGGAUCAGAGGGGAAGGGCCUUGGUGGCAAUGGUUCAGAAAAACCAGUCUGCCCCAGAGGCAAAACAUUGCAGGAGACCAUGCCCUGCACAGGACAGAAUGCAACUACACCUCCAUGUGCAGACCCCAGUUUAAUGACAAGCCCUGUAAGCCAGUUUUCUCCCUUGUACAUGCCUGGCCUAGAAUACUCUAAUUCAGCUGCACAUUACCACAUCAGUCCAAGCCUGCAAGCCUUGGGCCCUAUGAUGGGGGGGAAAUCCUCGGUAUCGCAUCCUCAGCAUUUCUCUCCCAGGGCCUUUCAGUCUAACAAUCCUCACCCUGGGAUCUUUCCCCGAUAUCGCCCUCCCCAGGGAAUGAGGUAUUCCUACCAACCACCACCUCCACAGCCUUCCUACCAUCAUUACCAGCGAACUCCUUAUUACACUUGUCCACAGGGCUUUUCUGAUUGGCAGAGACCUCUCCACCCUCAGGGAAACCCAGGUGGCCCCCCAGCAAGUCAUGCCCCUCACCCACGGCCCCUUUUCUCAGAUAAAAAUUCCAUGGCUAAUCUGCAAAGCUGUGAGACACUGAGUGCUGCCUUAACUUCCCCAACUCGAAUGGAUGCAGUGGCUGCUAAAGUUGUCCCACCUGACAGACAGAAUCCUGGUCCAGAGGAAGAAAAGCUUGAUGAAUCUAUGGAGAGGCCAGAGAGUCCCAAAGAGUUUUUAGAUCUGGACAACCAUAAUGCAGCUACCAAGCUACAGAGUUCUUUGUCAGCCAACGAAUAUAUUUAUGGAACUCCUCCUACACCUCUGAGUUCAGGGAUGGGAUUUGGUUCACCUCCUUUCCCACCUCAUGGUAUGAUGCUACAAACGGGGCCUUCUUAUACACCACAGCGGCCAACCAGUCAUUUUCAACCCAGGCCAUAUUCUCCUGUGGGUGCUCACCCACCCCACCAUCCAGGGCCUGCCCAGCCUAAUGGCCUCUCUCAAGAGGGUUCUCUCUAUCGCUGCCAGGAAGAGGGCCUGGGCCACUUUCAAGCAGUAAUGAUGGAACAGAUUGGCACUGGAAGUGGAAUAAGAGGAUCCUUCCAGGAAAUGUACAGACCAUCAGGAAUGCACAUACAUCCAAUCCAGUCGCAGUCCUCAUUCCCAAAGACCCCAGCACCAGCAGCAUCACCAGAACAGCUGCCACCACAUAAGCCCCCAACACUUCCUCUGGAUCAGAGCUAGUCCUAGGAGGAAAUUGCCCCCAAGGAAGUGAAAAGCUGCACAUGAAGACAGAACAUGGAGGAUUUGGGGAAAUGAUCCUUGCCCAUCUCUAUCCCAGUCACCCUGCUGUGCCCCUUCACAGUGAAUUACACCUUGCCACCAAGAGCUGGAGCCAUUCCUGGGCCUUAGAAGCAUACUCACUCCAUAGACGACUGACACAGAGCUUGCAGAGGUGCUGGGUCAGGGAUCACUUGCACAGCUGACUGACAGUCAGGAAGAUCAAGUGAACCUGGAGUUCAUGCUGACUUCUCCAAAUUCUGAGACUGUCCUUCAGGGAAAAUCACUUUAAACUUGGGUGGGGGGCAUACAAAAUAACAGAGUGGUGCUUUUAAACUUUCGUGAGCAGCUAAUCUCAGGUAUAUAUUGAGGAAGGGACUACUUGUAGUAUUAAUGUUUUCAGAGCUGGGUCCAGUUUACACAAUUUUCAUGUUGCCUUUUAAAAUAAUUUUUGUUGGUGAAUGUAUUGUACAUA